GCCACUGAAGUCGCGUUGAGCAGUCACUAUGCAUAGGCUAAGGCCAAAUGCGCACUCGUCACCGUUCACUUCUCUCCUCUUUUUGGGACCUCUGCCUCUGUGACGGAAGUUAUGAAACCCGCCCGUGCCAUUAGAUAUAUACCAUAACAUAUACACACACGUUAUAUCACCCUUGUGUGUCUCUGAUUUCUAUUGCUUCCAAGCACAAUCUCAGCCCUACAAUCAUUCAAUUUCAGCACAUAUGGAGUUUUUCGGGUCUCACGUUCCGAUUUUUAUUGGAUUUUAGGUAUCAAAUGGGUGAAGUGGACGCAACAGUUAAAUUGGUUGACUGAAUAGCUUUGCUUCUUUAUUGUUAAAUCAGGAAAAAGAUGGAGGCACGACCGGCUUUAUCCAUUCAGAGAUCAGGUGCAAGACAGCUAAGUAACCUUGGAGCAUCUGGAGCUCUAUCAUCAUCUUUACCCGUUCUACCCACCAAUAUGGAAGAGAGAUAUCCUAACCUGCAAGACUCUCAACAGGUCUCCAUGGAGAGGGAACUAAUGCAAAAUCCUUCGGCUUUUCAUUCUUCAUUACCUUCAAAUAGUGGGGUAGUAGGUCACAUGUUUUCAUCAUCCUCGGGGUACUCCUCUGAUCUUCAUUUUUCUUCUGUUGCACCACAUGAAAAGCAUUCUGGAAAGGCUCCCUUUCUUUCUCAGUCAUCAAACUGCGGAGCAUCUAUGCCAUUUACUCAUUCAAGUCAUUCUGGAGUGUUUCCCUCUACAGUUUCAAGUCAUUAUACUAGGCAAAGCAACAAUGAUUCCUGGCGUACAGAUUCACUGCCGGAUUUUUUUGAUUAUCCUGUAAAUACCCCUGGCCAGAAUAAUCAAAUAGAUAGCACCAAUAGUGAUGGUUGUGUCAUGGUAUCUGAGGACCUUGGUAAACAAAAUGAUUGGCAGGAAUGGGCAGACCAGCUAAUCACUGAUGAUGAUGCUUUGGCUUCUAAUUGGAAUGACCUUCUUGUUGAUACCCAUGUUGCAGAUCCAGAACCAAAGAUGGCAUAUCAGGUGGCCAAGUCAUCUACAAACUUUUCAGCACACCAGCCCCAAGUAUUUCAGCAGGUUCCUGGCACACCUGGAGAAACCUGCGCUGUUGGCACCCCCUUGUCCUCAGCAAACAGUGCCCCAAGUAAGCCACGCAUGCGUUGGACACCGGAACUUCAUGAAGCCUUUGUGGAGGCUGUUAACAAGCUUGGUGGAAGUGAAAGAGCUACUCCAAAGGGUGUACUGAAGCAAAUGAAGGUUGAAGGGUUAACCAUCUAUCAUGUAAAGAGCCACCUGCAGAAGUAUAGAACAGCCAGAUACAGACCAGAAUUAUCAGAAGGAUCAUCAGAUAAAAAAUUGACUCCUAUUGAGGAAUUGUCAUCUCUAGACUUGAAAUCGGGUAUUGAGAUAACUGAAGCAUUGCGGUUACAAAUAGAAGUGCAGAAGCGGCUGCAUGAACAGCUUGAGAUUCAACGAACUCUACAACUGCGAAUAGAAGAACAAGGGAGAUACCUCCAGAUGAUGUUCGAGAAGCAAAAGUCAGGUCUUGACAUGCUUAAGGGCUCGCCAUCCGCCCAGGAGAACCCUUCUGCUCAGUCGACAGAUGCAAUUCAAAAUUCCCCUGCCAAAAAUGAACCAGGAGCCUCACAGGUGGUCUGUCAAGAAACUGAAGAUGUUCCAGUUGUCACCGAAUCACAGGAGGUUUCCAGGAAGUUGGGAGAGAAGCAAAAGGCACCUGAUUCUAAAGCUUCCGAGAAUCUUGAGGCAAAUGCUGACGAGGUUUCUAAUGCUCAACCCCCAAAGCGGGCAAAAACUGAUUAAUAAGCCGAAUAACCUGCCAAAUCAUCUUAGUAUGACGAAUACUGCUAAAUGGCGUAUCUCAGCUGAGUCGGAUGGUCUGAGAUUUAGAACUCUCUUGUUUUCUUUUUCUUCAUAGCUAAACUCUCUUGGGCAAUAUCUUGUGCUCUUCUUUUUUCCUUUUUCCUUUUUUGUGGAGGUAAGUAAAUUGUCGGAGUUUUGAUUAUUAUGCUCCUUUAGUUGAGCAAGGAUGAAUUCAGAAGUUCUAGUUGGAAAA